AUGGCUGUGAAGUUAAAGUGGCCUUGGUUAGGGAUUGCUAUACCGACAUUUUUGAUAUCGUUUAUAGGUUAUGGUGCACAUUACUUCAUUCUUUCGAAUUUCUUGUCCAUAUCAAAGCAAUUAUUAUUUGAAUUAUCUUUAUCAAUGAUAUGGGUUUCCUAUUAUUUGGCUAUUUACACUAACGCAGGAAGGCCUUUACCCAAUUACCGACCAAGUCCUCUUAUCUGGCCAAAUUUCUGUAAAAAGUGCCAAAGUUAUAAGCCAGAACGUUCCCACCAUUGUAAAGCCUGCAAUCAAUGCGUUUUAAUGAUGGAUCAUCAUUGUCCAUGGACAAUGAAUUGUGUUGGAUUCCGAAACUAUCCGCAUUUUUUAAGAUUUUUAUUUUGGGUCAUUGUGACGACCAGUAUCCUAUUUUGCAUGCAAGUUAAACGCAUUUGUUUCAUUUGGCAGCAGAGAAGUUUGCCCGGUUACUUAUUUGAGAAAUCCGAACUUAUAUUUUUAACUAUAUUGAGUCCCUUAGACUUUUUUGUUCUUCUAACAAUAGCAAUUCUUUUUCUAAGAUGUCUGUCUAAUCAAAUAAUUAACGGAAGAUCUCAAAUCGAGUCGUGGGAUAUGGAUAGGCUUGAAUCUCUAUGUGACUCCGGAAAAUUAAUUCCGAAAUUGAUUGAUAACACUUGGCGAAUUUAUCCUGAAGCGAGAUCAUCUCAACAUGAAAGGGAUGCUGAUAAACUUCUAACGCAACGAGGGAGAGCUCGCUUCGACGAACUUGUAAGUUUUCCGUAUAACUUUAAUCCAUGCACUAAUGCAAUUCUGUAUCUCGGCCCCAUUCGUUUAUGGCUAUGGCCGUAUGGCACCCCUGCAGGAGAUGGAAACAGCUUUCCAAAGAAUGAUAUUUCCCAAUAUGAAGUUAACUCUCCAUUGGAAGACAUCAUCCUCUCACUUCCCUGGCCGCCAGAUGGAAACAAGACAAAAGCUGUCUCUAAUCAUAAUAAUUCAACAAUAGAGACGUACAAUGAGGGUGGUGAGCAAAUUGUAAGAAGCAGGAAUGCCCAACAUGGCAGCGAUGCUAUUCGCGAGAAGUGGUACAACGAUUGGGGGGAAUCACUGGACGAUUUUGGAGUUGAUGUGGAUAUGGAAUAG